UGUUUUUAGUAACUGACAAUCCAAAAAUGAUUGCUUUACUAUUUACUUUGGUGCUGGUGGCCCCGUCCUUACAAUUGGGUCCCGCAAUGGGUCCAGUAGGAAAAAUUAACAUUAAGAAAUUGCAAGAGUGUCCAAAUUUUUCUGGUGGGCAAUUAAAAAUGCAGUUGGCGAAAGAUAGUAAGGGACAGAAAGUAUUUAACGCUCAACUCAACCUUCAGGAGGAUUAUAAUAAUAAGUAUACGUUCUUAGUUCGAGUACAUAAAUGGACAGGUUCGGAAUACAAGAAGGAUAUGAUGAAGUAUGAAGGUGCGGCAUGUGAUUACAUCAAUAAGUUUUUGCCUGCUGUGCGUGAGAGAGUUUACAAAUUAGCAAAGGUCUCUGGGACUUGUGAAGCCAAAAAGGGCAAAUACGAUAUCAAAGCAAUUUUCGCACUUGAAAAAGAUUUGAAAGUGCCAGCGUUGCCAUAUGGCACGUUCCAACUAGAGGUAGAAAUCUACAAUGCGAAGAAGGCCAAAAUUGUAUGCCUGGUUGUUGAUGUUGAUUCUGUCGCAAAAUAAAUACAAGAAUGCAUCUUUGAGAUACGAGUAUUAUCUUAUAAUAAUUAUGAAUAAACUGAAUUUUAAAAUGAA